UGCUCCUCCACCAACAUGUCUUCUACAAUCCCUUCCACCAUGCGCGCCGUGGGCUUCUACGCCCACUUGCCCAUCGACGACCCUGCCUCCCUCGUCGACCUAAACGUCCCGGUGCCCAACAUCGCUGGCCACGACCUGCUCGUCCACGUCAAGGCCGUGUCCGUCAACCCCGUCGACUACAAGCUUCGCGCCCCCAACGGACAGGGACCACUCAACUCGCCCAAGAUCCUCGGAUAUGACGCAGCCGGCGUUGUCGUCGCCGUCGGCCCGGACGUCACCCGCUUCAGCGUGGGUGACGAAGUCUACUACGCAGGCACGUGGCAGCGCAAUGGCACCAACGCCGAGUACCACGCCGUGGACGAACGCAUCGUGGGCCGCAAACCCACAUCCCUCAGCUUCGCGGACGCCGCGGCCCUGCCACUGACCAGCAUCACCGCGUGGGAAGCGUUGUUCCACCGCCUCGGCGUCCCGACUACUACCACAACCGCUCCCAAGACCAACAAACCCGUCUCCAUCCUCAUCCUCAACGGCGCCGGCGGCGUCGGCUCCAUCGCCAUCCAGCUCGCCAAACAACUCACGGACCUCACCGUCAUCGCGUCCGCGUCGCGUCCAGAGUCCCAGGUGUGGGUCAAGGAUCUCGGGGCCGACCACGUCGUGAACCAUCGCCAUGACAUCGUGUCCCAGCUCGCCGCGAUCGGCGUUCCCAAAGUCGACUACAUCCUUGUCUUCACAGACCUGCCGCCGUACUUCGACGCGAUCGUCGAGGUGGUCAAGCCGCAAGGCAAGAUCUGCGCCAUCGCGAGUUUCACCGACAACCUGCCGUUCCAGAAGCUGUUUGCCAAGAGCGUCACGUUUUCGUGGGAGAUGAUGUUCACUCGGGUUGUGUUUAACACAGACGACAUCGCAGAGCAGUAUCACCUGCUCAACCAAGUCAGUGUUUUAGUGGACACGAAGCGCCUUCGGUCGACGACCAACCAGUCGCUGGGGGCGAUCAAUGCCUCGAACUUGAAGCAAGCGCAUGCGACGUUGGAAGCUGGAACGGUCAUGGGCAAACUCGUUUUGUCCGGGUUCUAGGCUACAGUUGCCGCUAAAUUUGCCAUGGCUUGUAAUGGGUUAGUUCUCAUAAUGGUAGCGUUAAGACACUUUUGAUCAACUUGUC